AUGGGAUCGCCGUUGUUUGUUGAAAAGGAACAUGCACCGGGCUUUGAUCCGUCUGCACGGCACAAGGGCGCAUCAGGCAGGUCAUCUCUUAUUGGAAGAAGCAACGCUUCAACACGUCUGGUACUCUCCUGUGAGAUCGACCAUUCAGAAAAUAGACCCGAGCCUAUGGACUUAGAUCCUCUCGAGCCAGCUCAAGAUGAGGAAAUCUUCGAUCCGAGAAGUCCAUCGGGUGGAUAUCACUCUACUCCCAGAUGGUCACUGAGCGAUUCAGUGCUGGAAAUGGUCCCUUCUGGUUACUCGCCCGGGGCUAAUCCAGAGUUUGGAAAUGCUAGAAGUGAAUGCACCAAGAUCUCACUGGAAACAGUUUCACUCGAAUGGGGUCAGAACGAGCGAGCAACAGGAGAGGAACCCAACCCAGACACCACUGGAUCUGCCUUUGGAAUUGCUGAUCCUGCAGCACAGCGACGAAGUUCGUCAGAAACGAUCAUAUUGUCAGAAGAAAACUGCCCCUCUAGAUCGGAAGAAUUAAAAACUUUUCUCGAUGGCCUAAGAAGGGCCCAAGUGGAGCAAGAGGAGGUGGAAAAAAGGAUGGAGAACGACCGGCUCAAUGAAGAGCUCAAUCUGCUCUAUCAUAAUCAAGCUUCAACCAGAAAUUUGCUUCAAUCAGGUCCUACUCAGAAUUUGUCACUGUCAAUCUCUGCUGAUCAGCAAGCGGAAGCAACGAACAGAGAUGCCGAGCACGUCCGAACAAGAAAUGACGACCUCAAUUGCCAAGCGUCUACACAACGGCUUAUCGAUAUCAAGUUCUGGUCACUCGAACGAGGUCAGUGGAGCCAAUCAGACUGUCUCCUCGUAGACCCGUCCGACCCCUCACCCAUGGAGCGGCUCGCACGAAAGUACUCCUGCAAAGGAUUUACACUCUACGAUGUGAACCUCAAGAGCCUUCGUCUGGCCCAUUGCUACCGCGCAGCAACAGCGGAUGAUACCAAAGCGAUCUUCUUGAUUUCCGCCCACGAAGAGAAAGCAAUUGCGGCUACAGAAGGAUUAGGGAAGGAGGAAAAGCUGAUUUCAAUGGCUGCUCGCGUUGUGGGACGUGCACGAUAUUGA